UGAAGCUUUCAUGUCCACGAAAUCUACCUACCACCAGCGUUAAAACCAUCAAAAGGCGAUAAUUUUGUGGGCAGAUAGAGAGAGAGAAAGAGGGAAAGAGAUGUGGAAGAGCAUAGGAGAACUGAGUAGCGACGAUUAUGUGAAAGCUGGAUUGAAUUUGGAAGACGCUAAGGAGUUUGAUAAAGUGGUCAGAGAUGUGAUUUCAAUGACUGACCCAAGAGAUCAAUGGAAGGCGUUGGUGGAUGAGAGUGUGCUUAAGCCAUGGCAUCCUCAUUCUCUGCAUCAGCUUCUCUAUUACUCUGUCUAUUCAAAUUGGGAUUUCUCUGUUCAUGGCCCUCCUCUCUAUUGGUUUCCUUCUCUAUCUCAGUCAAAAUCCACAAAUUUAGGAAGGCUAAUGGAAACUCACGGGUCAAGGCUUCUUGGUGCUUCAUACAAAAACCCUCUAGAAAGUUUUGAACUUUUCCGGAGAUUCUCAGUUGAACACCCUGAAGUUUAUUGGUCAAUCAUUCUUGAAGAGCUUUCACUUGUGUAUCACACUCCUCCGAGGUGCAUCCUGGACAAAUCAAUACCUGCAGGGACAUGGCUUCCUGAUGCUGUUCUUAAUAUCGCUGAAUGUUGUCUGAUGCCUUCAAGCCAUCCGAAAAAGGAGGAUGAUAGUUUGGCUGUUGUAUGGCGUACUGAAGGCUUUGAUGACUCCCCAGUAAAUCAAAUGACAUUAAAAGAACUCCGCGAACGAGUGAUGUUGGUGGCAAAUGCGAUAAGUGGAGUUUUUGCAAAGGGUGACACAAUUGCAAUCGAUAUGCCAAUGACAGUCGAUGCAGUGAUUAUAUAUCUUGCAAUCAUUUUUGGUGGUUGUAUUGUUGUCUCCAUCGCAGACAGCUUUGCAGCCAAAGAAAUCGCAACACGGUUGAAAAUUUCUAAGGCAAAAGGCAUAUUCACUCAGGAUUAUAUACUCAGAGGAGGCCGGAGAUUUCCUUUAUACAGUCGGGUGGUUGAAGCUGCUCCUUCUAAGGUCAUUGUCCUCCCCGCUUCAGAGAUUGAAUUGCGCGUUCGGUUAAGAGAACAGGACAUACCGUGGAAGGAGUUUCUGUCCAAUGCAAAAACCCAUCUUAGUGGAGGGAAAUACUAUCGUCCGGUUUAUCAACAUGUAAACUCUGUGAUUAACAUUCUCUUCUCAUCUGGAACUACAGGUGAACCAAAAGCUAUACCAUGGACACAGCUCUCGCCAAUACGUAGUGCUUGUGAUGGAUGGGCUCAUCUUGAUGUCCAAGUUGGUAAUACAUAUUGUUGGCCUACGAAUCUUGGAUGGGUUAUGGGACCAACUCUUAUAUUUUCUUGCUUUCUAACCGGUGCAACGCUCGCACUCUAUCACGGGUCUCCCCUUGGCCGCGGUUUUGGAAAGUUUGUUCAGGAUGCUGGAGUUGCAGUUCUUGGUACUGUUCCGAGCUUGGUGAAAACUUGGAAGACGACUAACUGUAUGGAAGGGCUUGAUUGGACGAAGAUAAAGUAUUUCGCCACUACCGGAGAAGCUUCUAAUGUUGAUGACGUUCUCUGGCUUUCUUCUAAAGCUUAUUACAAGCCUGUGAUCGAAUGCUGUGGAGGCACUGAACUCGCUUCUUCAUACAUUAUAGGAAGCCCGCUCCAACCACAGGCUUUUGGAGCAUUUAGCACACCAUCCAUGACGACUAGAAUCAUAAUCUUUGACGAAAACGGCAUCCCAUACCCAGAUGAUCAACCGUGUAUUGGAGAAGUCGGUUUGUUCCCGCAGCACCUCGGUGCCACAGAUAGGCUUCUAAACGCAGACCAUGACGAGGUUUACUUCAAGGGAAUGCCAAUGUAUAGAGAAACACGACUUAGAAGACACGGUGACAUCGUAAAGAGAACCGUAGGUGGAUAUUUCAAUGUUCAAGGAAGAGCUGAUGAUACCAUGAACCUUGGUGGUAUUAAGACGAGUUCUAUUGAGAUCGAACGAGUGUGUGAUCAAGCCGAUGAAUGCAUCUCUGAGACAGCUGCAGUCAGCAUAACGCCGCCUAACGGUGGUCCAGAGUUGCUGGUUAUAUUCGCCAUCUUGAAAGAAGGCUUCAAGAAACAGAGUGAAGAAGAGCUAAAGAUUAAGUUUUCAAGAACCAUUCAAAAAGAUCUUAAUCCUCUGUUCAAGGUGAGUUUUGUGAAGAUUGUGACUGAGUUUCCAAGAACAGCUUCGAACAAGCUACUGAGAAGAGUCCUGAGGGAUCAGAUUAAUCAAGAAGUAGGAUCCAUAAGGAGUCGAAUAUAAGCCUAUGGAAACAUAUAUUUCAAGAAGAAGAAAGUAAUUAUUCAAAAACUGAUAUAGUUAAUGUUUAUUCAAGUUAUAUUGUUAGGAUAGACAAUCAUGUUGCAAGAGUUUGCAUAUAAUCUUUAACUUACUCGGUCGUUGAGUAGUGAUGGGCGUUGCCAUCUA